CUGAGAUCUACAACCUGCGCCCGGAAGAUAUUUAUCUGGUUCACGACGACCUGGACAAGGCCCUAGGCAAGGUGGCGAUCAAGCUGGGAGACAGCGCAAGGGGACACAACGGGGUCCGGUCAUGCAUCAGUGCUUUGCACUCCAACGAGAUGACCCGGCUCAGGGUUGGCAUCGGGCGGCCAGAGUGUGAAGUGACAGUGUCCAACUAUGUCCUGGCUCCGUUCAGUGCUGAGGAGCAGGAGAGGCUGGAGCAGGUCCUGGCUCAGGCAGCGACCUGCCUGCUGGAGCACAUCCUGCGGAGAAGAGCGCCUGCAGGAGAGCCGGGGGACAGGGGCUGA